GCCUGAAUACAAAAGGGCAAAGUUUCUUGGCCUUAUUUGUGCAAGGAGCAUAAAAAACAAAUGACUAAAUACAAAAUGGGAAAACUUCUUGGCAUUAUUUGGUGUAGACAGGGGAAUAAAUUUCCAAGUCUCUGCCUUUCUAGAAGGGAGCGGAUCUGAUUGCAAGAACAGGCUUUGUCAGUCCAUAAAGUGUUGGUUAACUGUGGAGGGGAUUGCAAUCUUUGUGGUUAAAAUUGUAGAAAUGCAGAAGACUGUCUGUGAUUUUCUUGGCAGAUUAUCAUGGAAGCAGUGCAGGUCAAAGCAUAAGGAUCCCUCUGAAGAAAAAGUUUGCCAUAAUAUUUGCAACAACACCAGUCUGGAGGCCCUCAAAGCUUAUCAUGCCGUGACAGUUAAAGAGCUCACUCAAGGCAAUUCAACUCGCAAGAUAGUAGAGAUGAUAUUCAAGUCAAGCUGGGUGACUCCUGUAAUGAAAGAUGUCAAUUUUGAAAGAGUUCUCAAGAUAAAUCACAGAGAAGACAUUCUCUGGAAAUUUGAAGAGUACAGAGAAACAGUGAAAAGAAGAGCUUGUAAAACAUGCAGCCGUUGUAUGGCUGAUGGGAAUGAAGUGUUGAGAUUCCAUGGCACCACCAGCAUGUGUUCUCUGAAUGUGUUGAAUGGAGUAAUCAAGGUAUGUUCAGUAGAGGGUUGCCAUGUCUGUGAAAUUCUCAGAACUGUGUUUUACUACAAAAGUAGAGGCAGUUUAAGAGGGAUAUACACCACAUCCACUAGUGGGCUGGCUCAUGAUUCUACCCACCUCCAUGGUCAUAACAAAUCAGAUUCCACCAUUUCUGUAAAGAGGGUUAUGUUGCUUUGUAGAGUGAUAGCAGGGCAUGUUCACAAACCUUUGAAUAGCCAUGAGUCUUUUUGGAAAGUCUCUUCAGAGAGUGGGAACGAUUAUAAGAUAAGAGAAGUAUUUCUGUCUGACCAUAGAGCAUUUCUGCCAUGCUUUCUUAUUGUCUAUUCUCUGUAAACCUCUGAGAAAUCCUAAGAAACACUAAACCCUUAUUAGGAAACUACUUGUUUUUAAUGUAGCCUCUUGAUUCCUUUGAAUGAAAGUUGAGACAGUGUAAAACAGAUUAAUUUGAAAAAUUUAUCUACUUAUUGUACUUAGUGUACAUA